AUGAGGAACGGAGUACCUCUUGCGGAUGAAGAUCGCUGGGACUGGCUUAUUGCUCUGGGCGAGGCCACCCUUCAGGCCCUGUCCCCUAGCCAACGCAACAACUUUCAUCCCCCAAACUCGGUGAUCGUUUCCUGUUCCGCCUUGAAAGAGAAGUACCGCGAGGUCAUGCGCAUCGCUGCGUACGGCUCGUCGCAGAUCAAAAUCCACUUUAUUUACCUUAAGGUAAGUGAGGUGACACUUAUGCAACGUGUGAAUCUGCGAGAGGGCCACUACAUGAAGAGCAAUAUGGUGCGUUCCCAGCUGCAAGUCCUGGAGGAGCCACAGAAGAGCGAGUGGGAUGUCACUACCAUCACUGUUGAAGGAUCAGCGGAGCAGGUGCAGCGCCAUGUGUUGUCCCUUGUAUGCUCGGGUAUUACCAAAGGCAGCCAAUUUGUUUGA